AUGACGCAGCAGCUCUGCCGGUUCCAGCAGUCGGCGCUCGGGUCGGCAGUCGAGCUCGCGGCGACGGUAGUGGCGGACGAAGGGGCAGGCAGGCGGGUGAACCUGCCGGGCUCGGCGCUAUCGGGGGUGGCACUGCCGCGGCAGGAGGAGGUGCGAGGCAUCAAGUCGCAGCAGAGGAGCGCGGCACGGGAGCGGGAGCGAGCUAUCCAGGGCAUCCAGGGCGGCGGGGCGGCGGCGGGCGUCGGGGCCGACCGCGGCGCGGCUCUUCGCGGGGUGAUGGGGGGUUUCGGCGAGGACGACAUGGACGUAACGGCGGCCGACGGCGACGCAGACGCAGGCACGGCGGCGAGGAUGCGCGUGCGGCUCGGCCCGUCGAGCUCGUUCGUUGCCGCCGGCAGGGAGCUAGCGGGGCAUCUGACGCUCAACGGGGAGCAGUCGGUCGCCCUCUUAAUCGUAUACCGGCAGCUCGACCGGAUCCGGCAGGGCGACGGGGCAGGCAACGGGGCAGGCGAGGGCGGCCAGCUCUGCCUAUUCAUCGGCGGCGAGGGCGGCACCGGCAAGUCGCACGUCAUCGAGGCGCUCGUCGAGCUACUCGCCUGGAGGGACCUAUCGAGCCGGCUGCUGGUUACGGCGACGUCGGGGACGGCGGCAGCGCGGAUUAACGGCAUCACACUGCACUCGGCCUGCGGCCUCGCGAUAGGCCAGGGCGGCCAGGCGGGAAGGGCGACGAGGGAGGUGGACGGGGUGCGGCUGCCGGGCCAGGGGGAGCGCUUCGUCGACGGCCGGUCGCGGAUGGACUGGCAGGAGAAGGAGGUGCUGGUGAUCGACGAGGUCAGCAUGCUCGGGGCGCGGACGCUGCACGCCGCCAACGAGCAGCUCUGCCGGCUGCGGGGGUCGACGCGAGACUUCGGCGGGAUCCCGGUGGUGAUCUUCUGCGGCGACUUCCACCAGUUCCGGCCGGUGCAGGAGCGGUCGAUCCUGCUGCCGAGCGCGGCGGUGCCGUGGGACGAGGACGGGGCGUUCGCGGCCGAGCAGUGGCGGCAGCACAACGAGGCGCACGCGCUAUGGCGGCGGUUCACGACGGUCGUCAUGCUAAACGAGCAGAUGCGGGCCGCCGGUGACCCGGAGCUGCGGCGGCUGCUCGGGCGGAUCCGCCGGGGGGAGCAGGACCGGUCGGACCUGGAGCUGUUCAACUCGAGGUGCUACCGGCCGGGCAGGCGGAUUCCCGCGACCCCGGUGCCGGCGGUCUUCGUCUUCGUGCCGGGCAUGCCGGUCGUCGUGAACCAGAACACGCACCAGGGGCUGAAGCUGGUGAACGGGGUCGGGUAUACGGCGGUAGAGGUCAUCCCCGACCGGGCCUUCCCCGGCCACCGGGUGUCGGCGGAGCUAACGAUGCACUUCGGGCCGCCGGCGGGCAUCAUGCUAGCCUCGGAGACGACCAAGGACUUCAACUUCGUCGGGAUGCCUGCCGGGACGAUCCUGCUGACGCCCAUCAGCGUCAAGAUCGACGCGCAGCGGAAGCGGCCGUGGCAGCGAAGCGACGUCAGUCGCAGGGGCCUGCCAUGCGCGGCGGCCUUCGCCUGCGCCGACUAUAAGGUGCAGGGCGGGACGCUGGAGCGUGUGGCGCUGUGGCUCAAUGGCGUCGUCCUGUUCAACACUGAAAUCAAGGUUCCACUCAUCCUCCAGUUUUCGGAUGUCCUUUUCCUCUAA